ACAUCCAUCAUCAUAACCCAUCACCCAAAGCAAACAAACCCUCUUGCAAAUACUGGGUAAGUUAAGAAGAGAGAGAAAAUUUGCAUAAGCAAAAGGAAAGAGGGAAGCUUUUCUUUCCUCUCUCUCCCUCUCCUUCUCUCUACUUGCUGGAAACGCUGACGUAUAGUUAAGCCACCGGAAAGCUGACGUAAGACAAUGGACGUUGACCUCUGGCCAUCUAAAGUUCACUCUUCCAAGCAUCUCUCUGUAGUUCGUGCUGCUCGUCUCAACUCUGGUACUGAAUUUGAUUAUAAUGAAUGUGAAGAUGAAACUGAAGAUGGGCAGUUGGAUUAUGAAAGUAAUUGUGAUGAAGAUGGACAUUAUGAUGAUUUUGAUGGAGAUGAAGAUACAAGAGCAUGCUUUCCAUGCCCCUUCUGUUACGUGGAAAUUGAGAUUCAUGCUCUCUGUACUCAUUUGCAGGAAGAACACUGCUUUGACUUGAAAAAUUCGGUUUGUCCUCUAUGUGCAGCAAAUCUUGGUAAGGAUGUGAUUGGACAUUUCAUAGUGCAACACGCUAGUUCAUUAAAGCGAAGGAGAAAAUCCCAAAAGUCUGGCUGCUGGCCUGGUACUCCUGCUACACUUAGCAGGGAACUGAGCUUAUUUAUUGGUUCCUCAACUGGCGAUAGGGAUAAUGCACAUGAAUCUGCACCUGAUCUGAUCCUUUCUCCUUUUCUCUGUAAUGCACCUGUUUCAGACACUAAGGAUAUUUUGCGAGAUAAAUGCUCUGACGGUGAAACUUCUGUUACUUCUAAUUUGAAAAGAACUGAACCACCUUUUUUGGACAAGGAUCAUGAACAGAAUACAGAAGAGAGAAGGCAAAAAGCCGCAUUUGUUCUACAGUUGGUCAUGUCAACCAUCUUCUAAGCUCACCUGGCUGUGUUAAUCAACACUGGGUUUUUAGCACUGGUGAUGGUUCUAGGAGGUCGAUCAUCAUAAUUGGUAUUAUCUGGGAGGAACGGCUCGUGAAACGCAACAUGGUCUGUUCAUCAAAAAGCGAUGUAUGUAUGUAUGUACGAAUGUAUGUAUAAUGCCUAUAUAGUCAAACAAAUAUUUGUAGCCAUUGAAAGGCCACAGCUUUAUAAGGAGUGUAGAAACAUACUCUAUUUUUAAGUUUUAAAAGCUGAGUUAAUGUCUUUUUAAUGUU